AUGGCAUCUAGUGGCACCUUCCACAUUAAUUUUAUUUUCAUCGAAGAAAAUUUGCCCAUAAAAACCAUUGAUAAAGUCUCAAUCAAUGUGACCAAUGAAACAUUGUUGGUUCCUAGCAACAUUUUAUGCAAGUGUGAUGGAAGAACAAUCUUAAAAAAGGGAAACAAUAACCCUUUAUAUGGCUACUUUUCAUCCUUGCCUAUUUUUCAUCCAAUAUUGAAAGAAAUUUUGCCUCAUAUUGGUGAAUGUGCUAGGCAAAUGUCUUCGUAUGAUUCUUGGGAGAUGGAUGUUAUGCUUUUUGUUGGUGAUGUUACUACAUGGAAUAUUAAAGAUCAUAGUUAUAUGAAUCAAGAAAAUCACCAACAUGCAUGUUUUGCAUCUAAACUUAUUGUGGAUUCAUUGGAGAAAGUUGAAAUAGAUCAAGAUUCUCGUUAUUCUAUAAAACAAUGCACAUUUUGUUUGGAAGAGUUCUCUAGUGGUUCGAAGAUUCAAUUUGUUAAGACGAAGUGCUUGCAUAUUUUUCACAAAGAUUGCAUUUUGCAGUGGCUCAAAAAAUGCAUUACUCAAAGAUCAUUCUUCUGGUGUCCAUUGUGCCGGAAUUGUCAAAUAGUAUGA